AUGUCCCGAGGACUCACAGCCGCCGCUAGUGGUGCCAUCCUCCUGAGAGGCGGCACCCUCCUCUAUCAUGGUGACCAAGACCAUGUGGAACCGCUACGGGAUACCGAUAUCCUUGUCAGGAACAACCGGAUCGCCAAGAUUGGAAAGAGCAUUGCUGCCCCAGUUGAUGCGGAACUUGUCGACUGCAGAGGCAAGAUCAUCACCCCCGGAUUCGUGGACACGCACCAUCAUCUUUGGCAAACGCAAUUGAAAGGUUGCCAUGCGGACCAAUCAGUGUUCGAUUACAUACCGACCGGCUUCUGGCAAAGCUAUGUGUACACUCCCAAGGAUAUGUUCUGGGGCCAGCUGGGAGGCGCGUUGGAGGCCAUCGCCUCAGGCACAACAUUUGUCCUAGAUCAUGCUCACGGGAAUCAGUCUAAUGAUCAUGCCCGUCAAGCCUUAUCCGCAACCAUCGCGUCUGGGAUCCGCUCCAUAUUCGCAUACUCCCAUGCACCUUACUUCACCAAAUGGGACGCAAAGAGCUGUGAGCUCUCUCGAGACAUCAUGCCAGAGUCCAGCAUGGCUCAUAUUUUUGAGCUUGCCCAGCAGCAGCCGUUUGGCAACGGGAGAGUUCACAUUGGAUUCGGCUUCGACUACUGGUUCUUGCCCAAGGAAGCUGUCGUCGGCAUCUUUUCCCAGCUUCGUGGUGCAGGCAUUAAGCUUUUCACGUCUCAUUACGCCAAAAACCCCACUUUUGGGAACCACCCGCUCAUUCACACAUUGGCGGCGUAUAACCUUAUCAAGACACCAAGUGACAUCUUAUUGUCGCAUGCUACAGGCCUCGAUGGACAUGAGAAGGCCAAGCUAGCAGAGACCCAGGUCCCCGUAUCCAGCACGCCCGGUACGGAGGCACAGAUGGGAUUUGGUUGGCCACUGGCUUUCACACCUGGCAUCAACUACACACUGGGCGUUGACUGUCACACUAACAAUACCUCCUCCAUUCUAUCCCUUGCCCGGACUGCGCUGCAGCUCGCACGUCAGAGGAACACCGUGAAGGAAAUGAACGGCGGAGAGGGCGCUCCUCAGCGCAUGGACCUGCAUCCAACGGGCAGCACUGAAGAUGCAUUCAAUGCAGCUACUAUCAGAGGCGCACGCGCAGUCCUUUUGGGGAACGAAAUCGGGUCAAUUAAGGAGGGAAAACUAGCUGAUCUCGUCAUCUUCGAUGCCUUGGGAAGCGUAGGCAUGAGCUGUGUCUCUGAAUCAGAUCCCCUGACUGCAGUUGUUCGCCACAGCGACAGCCGCGACAUUGAGGCCGUCAUGAUUGACGGAGUCUGGAGGAAGAGGGACGGCAAGUUGUGUCCAGUGACCGUUGAAGAGACAGGGGCUAGCCUGGCAUGGCCGGCUAUCAGGCAAAAUCUACUGGAGAGCCAACGCGAUAUCCAGGAGAGGCAAAAGAAUCUGAAUGUCGACAAAGCGAAGGAAGCACUUGUUGCUAUGUUUCAGAUUGAUAAAAGCAAGCUUGUGAAAUCUUGA